AUGUCGUCUCACCACCUGUACGGGGCCCUGAUUGCCCUGACGUGCGUGCUGUGCUACCAUAACAGUCUGAACUGUGGCUUCGUGUUCGACGACAUUAGUGCAAUUAAGGAAAAUCGGGACCUGCGGCCGCAUUCGUCCAUCAAAAAUGUUUUCCUCAACGACUUCUGGGGGACGCCGAUGCAUAAGGAACAAAGCCAUAAAUCAUACCGGCCGCUGUGUGUGCUAACGUUCCGCUGGAAUUAUCUGCUGCACGGACUCGAUCCGGCCGGUUACCAUCUGGUGAACGUCCUGCUUCACACCGUCGUUUCGCUGAUGUACUUCCGAAUGUGCGCAAUGCUCCUGUCGGAGGUGGCCAGUUUUGCAGCGGCCAUGUUGUUCGCGGUGCAUCCCAUCCACACCGAGGCGGUAACCGGCGUGGUUGGUCGUGCCGAAACGCUUUCUUCGGUGUUCUUCCUGGCGGCGUUUAUCUUUUACACCAAGGCGACCAGGCGGAAAAAAGCAACCGGUUGGAGGUAUCUUUCGGUAGCUAUGCUGUUUGUCACCACGGCGAUGCUCUGCAAGGAGCAGGGCAUUACCAUCACCGGUGUCUGUGCUAUUUACGAGAUUUUCGUCGCCCAAAAGAUCCGCCUGGGCGACAUCUACCAUCUGGCUCGGUCGGUGAUGAGCGGCAAAUCGCUGGCCUUGCCCAGCGGUUGGUGGCCACACGAAGCCACCCGACGGCUAGCCGUCCUGUGCGUAGCCACCGUGGCGCUUCUGUUUGCUCGGCUGCAAAUUAUGGGCUCCCAGCUGCCGGUAUUCACUAGAUUCGACAACCCGGCCUCUGUGUCGUCAACCCCGACGCGGCAACUGUCGUACAACUAUCUGGCGUCCGUCAAUCUGUGGCUGCUGCUGUUUCCGUGCGAUCUGUGCUGCGAUUGGACCAUGGGUACGGUUCCGCUGGUGGAAGGAUUCUCCGAUCCGCGCAAUCUGAUGACGCUCGCCGCGUACGGACUGAUUGCCGUCCUGGUCUGGGUGGCCUUCAUCCAACCGGACCACCGGCAAAAGUCGGCCGUCAUCGUGAUGGGACUUGCCUUCAUGAUUCUUCCGUUUCUGCCAGCGUCCAAUCUAUUUUUUCCGGUGGGUUUCGUGAUCGCUGAACGAGUGCUGUACAUGCCUUCGAUGGGAUUUUGCAUCCUGGUGGCGUACGGUUUUCAGCUCCUAGCGGAGCGGUGGUCCCGAAAACUAUCCUGGGCAUGUCUGUGCUUUCUGCUGUUGAGUCAUUCGAUUAAAACCUACAACCGUAAUGCCGAUUGGGAGUCGGAAUAUACGAUCUUCAUGUCCGGUCUGAAGGUGAAUCAACGGAAUGCAAAGUUGUUCAACAACGUCGGACACGCGCUGGAAAGCGAAGGUAAAUUCGAGGAAGCGCUGCAGUUCUUCCACAAGGCGGUCAGCGUGCAGGAGGAUGACGUCGGGGCGCACAUCAACGUCGGUCGGACGUACAAUCAUCUGAAAAUGUUUAAGGAGGCCGAGCAGGCCUAUCUGAAGGCAAAAUCGCUCCUGCCGAAAGCCAAACCAGGCGAAUCCUAUCAGGCGCGCAUCGCGCCGAAUCAUCUAAACGUGUUUCUAAACCUGGCUAAUCUGAUCUCGAAAAAUGCCACCCGCCUGGAGGAAGCCGAUCUCCUGUAUCGGCAGGCGAUCAGCAUGAGGUCGGACUACACACAGGCCUACAUCAACCGGGGCGACAUUCUGAUCAAAUUGAACCGCACCAAGGAGGCACAGGAGGUGUACGAAAGGGCGCUGCUCUACGACAGCACCAAUCCCGAUAUCUACUAUAAUCUGGGCGUUGUCUUCCUAGAACAAGGCAAAGCAUCCCAGGCGUUGGCCUAUCUGGACAAAGCGCUCGAGUUCGACCCGGAGCACGAACAGGCCCUGCUUAAUUCGGCAAUUUUGCUGCAGGAGUUGGGCCGUCCGGAACUGCGUAAGAUAGCACGGGAACGACUACUAAAACUGCUAGCCAAAGACGAAAGCAACGAACGAGUUCACUUCAAUCUCGGCAUGCUGGCGAUGGAUGACCGCAACACGGACGAGGCGGAAAACUGGUUCCGCCGGGCGGUGCACCUGAAGCAGGACUUCCGCAGUGCGCUGUUCAAUCUGGCGCUGCUGCUGGCGGACGACCACCGCCCGUUGGAGGCCGCUCCUUUCCUGAACCAGCUGGUCAAGUACCAUCCGGACCACAUCAAGGGACUGAUCCUGCUCGGGGACAUCUACAUCAACAACAUCAAGGAUCUGGAUGCGGCCGAGAAUUGCUACAAGCGCAUCCUCCAGCUGGACCCAAUCAACAUUCAAGGUCUGCACAAUCUCUGCGUGGUGUACGUGGAACGGGGCAAACUGGCCCAGGCUCAGUCGUGUUUGUCCCACGCGCACCAGCUGGCUCCCGCCGAGGACUACAUUCUGCGUCAUCUGCAGAUUGUGCAGACACGGAUCGCCCGGCUGCACGGGACGCCCGGUCCGAGCCGGGAGAAAGAAAUUGCCUUUACGGAUUUCGAUCCACGUGAGUUCGGAGGAAAUCCCUCGACGACGACGACGACGACGCCGACAGCGGCGGCGGCGGCGGAAGCCGACCUCCAGCAGCCACCACACGGUGGUAACAGUGUAAAUAGUCCAACCGAUUCGGAUGCUUCUGCCGACAGCAGUGGCACCAGCAGUAGUAGUAGAAGUAAGAGUAGUAGUGAUAACGAUACACAUAAUAAUUUGGAAACAUCAUUACCUCAACCGAACGAUGCGACUGAAGCAGGCAACAGCAACAGCAGUAGCAGUAGUAGGAGUAGCACUAGCAGUAAAGAUAGUGAUGGCAGCGACAGCAGCGACCCCAUUUUUAUCGAUUCCGAGGAAUCGGUCUCUUCAUCCACGUCCGCCUCUUCGAGCGGAAGCCACUCCCGGCUGCAUCAAAAUGCGCCGAAAUCCGGCGGCGACGAGUUGACUGGUGACAACCGCAGCAGCAGGACUGGUAGACCUAGCAGCAGCAGCAGUAGUAGCAGUAGCACUGGCAGUGAGAAUAUUAAUUCUCAUUACCACCAAAACCAUCAUUAUCAGCAGCAGCAGCAGCAGCAACGAAGAAGAAACGUUGCCUUUCAGCAGCAGGCGGAUGACUCCGCGACGAGUGCAAGCUCCCCGGCGACGCUUGUCGGGAAGGACCUCGAUAAUCCAUCGUCCGGGAUGUCAUAG